UAACAGCGUGAGAUUCAUUCCCUCUCUCUGUCUCUCUCCCGCAUAACCGACGCAAGCGGCCAGCAGACGCCAGCGUCUCUCCUCUCUCCACCACCGCCUCUCGACCUUCCCAGCAUGCCUUCCAACAUGGACUUACAAGGCGGAAAAGCCUUCGGGUUGCUCAAAGCUCAGCAGAGGGACAAGCUGGAGGAAAUCAAUAAGGAGUUCAUGGAAGAUCAGAAGUACAGAGACGAAGAGGACUUGCCUGAAAAGCUGGAUUCUUUUAAAAAUAAAUAUGCAGAGUUUGACCUGAACGAUCAAGGGGAAAUCGACAUGAUGGGCUUGAAGCGAAUGAUGGAGAAGUUGGGUGUGCCAAAAACUCAUCUGCAGAUGAAGAAAAUGAUCUCUGAGGUGACAGGAGGCUGCAGUGACACCAUCAACUACAGGGAUUUUGUGAAAAUGAUGCUCGGCAAGCGAUCAGCUGUUCUCAAACUGGUUAUGAUGUUUGAAGACAAAGCUAAUGGGUCCAGCUGUAAGCCUGAUGGGCCUCCACCCAAACGUGACAUCACCAGCCUACCAUAGACCAGUGGAGAUGAAUAUGGUCGACGUCCCUACAUUCGCAAAUCCCGUCCAUUUAACAUUAGGGACUAGGUUUCUAUAGCCUUACCUAGAAACUUUUUUUGCCAAGAUCCAGGGAAAAUCUUAGUUCAUAGAUGGUCAAACUGAAGAAAAAAAAAAAAGUGAAAGAUGUUUAUAUAUUUGCUGUGAAAAAGUCGAAGCGCAGAGUAGCUUUUUAUAAGUAAACAAAUGUAUAUAUUUAUAUGAGAAGUGUUUUUGAAUAGUGUUUGCAAGCACAAAUCUUGUGAGUGAAGUACUAGUGAAGUUUAGUGUACUAAGUUUAAGGUUUAUGGGAUGACAAUUAGCUUGCAAGAGAUUUUGCGAAUUAAGUUUGCGAAGUAAGAUUUUUCAUCUUUCCCCAAAGUGUGUGCUUAAUUCAUUCCAGUACAUUAGUGUUUUCCGUAUUCGCUUAAAGCGUGUUGCUAAUUCUGCUCACUGUGUCUCGUAGUGUGACGUCGUAGAUGUACAUGAGGCUCUUUUAAAAAAUUCAGUCAGUGCUCUGCUUUUCAUUUAGGCUGUUCUGCUUCUGAAUCCAGGAUUUCUUUUGUAUCGGUUCUGUACCGGAAGGUUCAAACCGAGAACGCUGGGAUUUGAGUGAGUGAAGACAAAAAGGGAGAAGCGUUUGUUCCUCAAACUUUGUUCAUUCUGUCUGUACCUCUUUCACUCACUCUUCACUCUUAUUUUCUUGUUGAUCUGUUUGUGUGCUCAAAUGAUUAUAAGCUGUAACAUUACUGUACUGUAUAAGCACAUUAACAGUUAAGUACAUGCGUACUGUGCAGAUACGCUUUGAACCACACUUUUAGGACUUGCUUUUAUAAAUUUACCUGCUUAAAUUAGGGAGGAUGUCGCUGGUCUCAGCUUUUAGUUCUGCGGGAGGGCAGGUUUUAGUCGCUAGAGGCGAUUCGUUUGAAGCCACUCUUUUCAAGUGCCUCACUCAGUUUAAUGUAGCCCAGGUUUUGACUGAAGAUUGAGUGAAGCAUCUUUGAAAUGGAUUUUAUGUUUGUGUGUGCGCGCGAAUGUGUGCUAGAAGUUUUUAUUCUGUCGAGUUGUCUUUUGAGACAUUCCAAGAAUGUCGUCAUGUGGUGGAGUCCUUGGAAAUGUUGUCAUGUUUUAAUCCAAGCGAACUUCAAUGUUCAGCUCUGAUGCAAAUAUUCCAGUAGUGCUUUUGUCCUCUGUUUUUUACUUUUUUUUCCCACUGGCCUCAUCAGCUUUUCUUUCAAUAACAUGUGCUUUGUAAGGAAAACAAUGUGAUCUCAUUUUUUAUAUACAGAAAUAAGGACAUGAGUCAAAAGUAGCAGGUGUGGCUUUCACUUCCAUUUCAUACUUUAUCUGUAAUGAAAUUGACUUGUUUACUUUACAUAUUCUGUUUUAUGAGUUUUAUUUCUGUGCCUCUUUUCAAGUUUAUCUCUUUAAUGUUUUUUUUUUCUUAAAUCAUGUACAUGUGAGUUAAUGGCUGCACUGUAUUGCUGUUUAUUAGACUUGCCCUUUUAAAGGGUUAUUAAACAUCAUGAAUAAUUUUCAGCUUAUUAGUUAGCAGAGGCAUUUGUAUUUUUUUUCUGGAAACACCAAAGGAAGUAAAUACCCUGCUGUUACACCUGA